AGUCAGUGGCUUCAGCCUCGCUAUCUGUGCAGCAGUGAGAAUGAAGGUGGUCGCAGGUGCGGAGGCGCCAGCCCGCGGGCCCUCGCAGCACAUCCAGCGCGAGAAGUGGUCCAAAGACAUCGAGUUUGUCCUCUCGUGCAUCGGAUUUGCCGUCGGCCUCGGCAAUAUUUGGCGAUUUCCUUAUCUCUGCUACAAGAAUGGUGGAGGUGCCUUUCUGAUCCCGUAUUUCAUCUGCCUGGUGACGGGCGGCGUGCCCAUCUUCUUCUUGGAGAUCGGCAUCGGACAGUACAUGAGCGAAGGAGGCAUCACUGUGUGGAACCUGUGCCCUAUUUUCAAAGGAAUCGGAUAUGGGACGACGUUGAUCUGUUUCUCCCUGAACGUGUACUACAUCGUGAUUUUGGCGUGGACGGUGCAUUACUUUUACAACUCAUUCGCCACCGAGCUGCCGUGGUCCUCAUGCAACAAUUGGUGGAACACGGAGCGCUGCUUCAGCCCACUCGACCCGCAGACCAAUUUGACCAACGCGACCAAAGUUGACUCCGUCAUCGAGUACUGGGAAAAUAAGGUGCUCGGUUUGAGUGGCGGAAUCGAGCAGGUCGGCGGCCUGCAGUGGGAAUUGGUCGCGUCCCUUUUCGUCGCGUGGGUUCUCGUUUAUUUCUGCGUGUGGAAGGGCAUCAAGUCGUCAGGAAAAGUGGUCUACUUCACUGCCACUUUCCCGUAUGUGAUGCUGACCGCUCUUCUCAUAAGAGGUGUUACUUUGGACGGCGCCAUCGAGGGAAUUAUUUUCUACCUAAAGCCAGAUUUCAACAAACUCACAGAAGCCCAGGUGUGGAUCGACGCUGGCACGCAAAUAUUUUUCUCGUACGCAAUCGCGUUGGGCUGCAUGACGGCGCUUGGCUCGUACAACAAGUUCAACAACAACUUCGUCCGAGACUGCAUCUUCAUCUCGGCCACCAACAGUUGCACCAGCCUCUAUUCGGGCUUCGCCAUCUUCAGCGUGCUCGGAUUCAUGGCCAAAGAGCAAGGAGUGCCGAUCGAGACGGUCGCAGAGUCAGGUCCCGGUCUUGUUUUCAUCGCGUACCCAAAAGCCGUUUCGCAAAUGCCGUGGGCACCCGUUUGGGCGGUUCUAUUUUUCUUCAUGAUCCUGCUCAUGGGUCUCGACUCGCAAUUCGUCGGGGUCGAGGGCUUCAUCACGGCCGUCGUUGAUUUGUUCCCCGGAUAUUUGCGCAAAGGUCACCGCAGGGAACUGUUCAUCCUGGCGGUCACCGUUUUCAGUUUCGGCAUCGGACUCUUCAUGGUGACGCAGGGCGGAAUGUAUGUGUUCCAAGUGUUCGACUACUACGGCGCCAGCGGCAUGGUGUUGCUUUGGUUCUGCUUCUUCGAAAGUAUAGCCGUCGCCUACUUUUACGGGGUGGACAAAUUUUACGACAACAUCACCUCCAUGAUCGGAUACAGACUCAACCCGUGGCUCAAAAUCUGCUGGCUCACUUUCACGCCAAUUGCAACAAUGGGAAUAUUGAUAUUCUCUGUGUGGUCGUACACGCCGCUGACGUACAACCGGACCUACGUGUACCCUUUGUGGGCACAGGCCUUCGGAUGGACAUUGGCUUUGGUGCCCAUGAGCGUCAUCCCUGCCUACUUCUUCUGGGAUCUUUACCAAAGGCCGGGCACCAUCAGACAAAAAUGGGCAAGAGCGACCAGGCCGGUUCUGCCCAGAGAUCACCCUGAUGCACCGAAAACAUCAAGCGUCCCGAACGAAGCAAUUACUAUGCAUUUGUGAGAAAAAAAAUUUACCAAAUUUUGACCUCAACCAAUUAGGUUUAAGAAAUUCAGAGAAAUGAGGUUGUUGGAAUAAUUUGUUUAAAUACCAAAAAUUAAAAUAAAUUUACUGACGGUAAAUAUAUAUUUUGUAAGGAUGAAGAAAAUUUGAAUUAAACAACCAGUGUUACAAUGCAAAUAUCAAGGAUUUUGUAUU